CAAUCCCCGACGCAAAGAACAGAAAGCGCAAAAAUGAAAGGAAGAAUGAAAGAAAAGAGACGCCCCUCCCCCCACACCUUUCUGUAAAAGCUCGCUCACAACACCAAGCCUUACUUAUAACGUCUAUAUAUCUCUCUCUCUCAAAAAUAAAAAAAGUACAGAGGGGGAUAAAAACUCUAUUUCCACUGGACGAGGAAUAUCGAUGUCUUAAACAAGAUCUACACAGUAGUUACUACUAAAUUAAGUUUAAUCAAAGAGAUUAAUAGCUGUUAGGUUUUUGUUAAAAAUGGCAUCCACCUCGCAGUCCCUCCGUUUUCUGGUUGGGCCUGCAACCACCGGCCCUGGUGGUGGCAGUUUUGACGCUCUUAAUCGCAUCCUUGCCGACCUCUGCAUACGCGGCAACCCUAAGGAGGGCGCAACAUUAGCAUUGAGAAAACAUCUAGAGGAAGAAGUGCGAGAUCUAAGCGGAGAAGCAUUUCCACGCUUUAUGGAUCAUUUAUACGAAAGAAUCUCUAGUUUAUUAGAAACCAAUGAGGUUGCUGAGAAUUUGGGAGCUUUACGAGCAAUUGAUGAGUUAAUAGACAUAGCACUUGGAGAGAAUGCAUCCAAAGUGUCUAAGUUUGCUGUUUAUAUGCGGAGUGUGUUCGAGGUAAAACGGGAUCUUGAUGUGUUGACACUUGCUAGUAGAGUUCUUGGCCAUCUGGCUAGGGCUGGUGGAGCAAUGACUGCGGAUGAAGUGAAAUUUCAGGUUAAAAUGGCACUAGGUUGGCUUCGCAAUGAUAAAGCAGAAUUUCGCAUUUUUGCUGCCGUCUUAAUUUUAAAAGAAAUAGCAGAAAAUGCUUCUACAGUUUUCAAUGUUCAUGUAACUGAAUUUGUUGACACUAUUUGGGUUGCACUGAGGCAUCCGACAUUGGCAAUUAGAGAGAAGGCCGUGGAGGCACUGCGUGCUUGCCUUCGAGUUAUCGAGAAGCGUGAGACACGAUGGCGUGUGCAGUGGUAUUAUCGUCUGUUUGAGGCUACACAAGAUGGAUUGGGUAAAAAUGCUCCUGUUCACAGCAUACAUGGUUCUUUACUUGCUGUUGGAGAGCUCUUAAGGAAUACUGGUGAGUUCAUGAUGUCAAGGUACAGAGAAGUUGCUGAGAUUGUUCUUAGAUACCUCGAGCAUCGAGAUCGACUUGUUCGCCUUAGCAUAACUUCAUUGCUACCUCGCAUUGCCCACUUUCUGCGGGAUAGAUUUGUAACAAAUUAUUUAGAGAUAUGCAUGAAUCAUAUUCUUGCAGUGCUGAGAAUACCAGCUGAGCGUGGAAGUGGCUUCAUUGCCCUAGGGGAGAUGGCUGGUGCUUUGGAUGGGAAACUUGUCCAUUAUUUGCCGACAAUUACAGCUCAUUUACGUGAUGCAAUUGCUCCACGCAGGGCCAAACCCUCACUUGAGGCAUUGGUUUGUGUUGGAAACAUUGCAAAAGCCAUGGGGCCUGCUAUGGAACCUUUUGUUCGCAGCCUUUUGGAUGUUAUGUUCUCCGCGGGGCUCUCUUCCACCCUUGUUGAUGCCCUGGAGCAGAUAAGUGUAAGUAUUCCAUCAUUGCUGCUGACUAUUCAAGAGCGGCUGUUGGACUGCAUUUCAUUAGUUCUUUCAAAGUCCCAUUAUUCUCAGCCAAGGACAGCUGUUCCUCCAGUUCGAGGGGUUGUGGCUAUUACACCUCAGCAAGUAUCAGACCUCAAUGGUUCUGCCCUGGUGCAACUUACUUUGCAGACACUAGCUCGAUUUAAUUUUAAGGGGCAUGAGCUUCUCGAGUUUGCUAGGGAAUCAGUGCUUGUAUAUUUGGAUGAUGAAGAUGGAGCUACCCGGAAAGAUGCUGCACUUUGUUGUUGUAAAUUAGUUGCAGAUUCCUUUUCUGGUAUGACAUCUACACAGUUUGGUUCUAUCAGGUCCAAUCGUAAUGGGGGAAAGCGAUGGCGUCUUGUCGAGGAGCUUGUGGAAAAGCUUCUCAUCGCUGCUGUCGCAGAUGCUGAUAUCACUGUUCGCCGAUCUAUCUUUUCCUCUCUUCAUGGAAAUAGAGGUUUUGAUAAUUUUCUAGCACAAGCUGAUAGUCUCACUGCAGUUUUUGCGGCUUUGAAUGAUGAGGAUUUUGACGUUAGAGAAUAUGCAAUCUCCUUGGCUGGAAGACUAUCAGAAAAGAAUCCUGCUUAUGUCCUUCCUGCACUCCGUCGUCAUCUCAUACAGCUCUUGACCUAUCUAAAACAGAGCAGUGCAGAUAACAAAUGCAGAGAAGAAAGUGCAAAGUUAUUAGGUUGUUUGAUACGUAAUUGUGAACGACUUGUGCUUCCAUACAUUGCUCCAAUACACAAGGCACUUGUGGCAAGACUUAAUGAAGGCACAGGAGUAAAUGCCAAUAAUGGUAUCAUUAGUGGAGUUCUUGUAACUGUUGGAGAUCUUGCUAGAGUGGGUGGUUUUGCUAUGAGGCAAUAUAUUUCGGAGCUUAUGCCUCUGAUAGUUGAAGCUUUGCUAGAUGGAGCAGCAGCUACAAAGCGUGAAGUGGCUGUUGCAACUCUUGGGCAAGUUGUUCAAAGCACUGGGUAUGUCAUAACUCCAUAUAAUGAGUAUCCACAGUUACUUGGCUUACUCCUCAAAUUUUUGAAUGGUGAAUUAGUGUGGUCUACCAGACGUGAAGUAUUGAAGGUUCUUGGCAUCAUGGGAGCUCUGGAUCCUCUUGUGCAUAAACGAAACCAACAAAGCCUGCCUGGUUCACAUGGUGAGGUUGCUCGUGCAGCCAGUGACUCAGGCCAACACAUCCCAUCAAUGGAUGAACUACCUAUGGACUUUUGGCCAUCUUUUGCUACAUCAGAAGAUUAUUACCCAACGGUUGCGAUCAACUCCCUCAUGCGAAUUCUCAGAGAUCCUUCACUUGCUAGCUACCACCAAAAGGUGGUAGGAUCUCUUAUGUUCAUAUUUAAGUCAAUGGGCCUUGGUUGUGUACCGUAUAUACCCAAGGUUUUGCCGGAUCUCUUUCACACUGUUCGUACAUGUGAUGAUUAUCUUAAAGAUUUUAUAAUGUGGAAGCUUGGAACUCUGGUAUCUAUUGUGCGCCAGCACAUACGUAAAUAUCUGCCUGAAUUGCUCUCUUUAAUAUCUGAAUUGUGGUCAUCCUUCAGCUUGCCAGCUACUAUUCGCCCUUCUCGUGGGUUUCCAGUUUUGCAUUUAGUGGAACAACUUUGCUUGGCUCUCAAUGAUGAAUUCAGAAGGCAUCUUCCUGUCAUUUUGCCAAGUUGUAUUCAAGUUCUAAGCGAUGCAGAAAGGUGUAAUGACUAUACCUAUGUUCUCGAUAUACUUCACACGCUUGAAGUGUUUGGUGGGACACUGGACGAGCAUAUGCAUCUACUUCUUCCUGCACUUAUUCGAUUGUUUAAAGUGGAUGCAUCUGUGGAUAUAAGGCGGGCCGCUAUCAAAACUUUGACGAGAUUGAUCCCCUGUGUACAGGUUACUGGUCACAUUUCUUCUCUUGUGCAUCACCUGAAGUUAGUGUUGGAUGGGAAGAAUGAUGAGCUCCGGAAAGAUGCUGUUGAUGCACUUUGUUGUUUGGCUCAUGCCUUAGGAGAGGAUUUCACCAUUUUCAUCCCAUCAAUUCACAAACUCUUACUGAAGCAUCGAUUGCAGCAUAAAGAAUUUGAAGAAAUUGAAGGACGCUUGAGGAGACGUGAACCUCUAAUUUUGGGGAGUACAGCUGCACAAAGAUUGAGCAGACGACUUCCAGUGGAGGUUAUCAGUGACCCUUUAAAUGAUAUGGAGAAUGACCCUUAUGAUGAUGGGGUUGACAUGCAACGACAUCUUAGUGGCCAUCAGGUUAAUGAUAGUCAAUUACGCACUGCUGGAGAGGCUUCUCAGCGCAGUACUAAAGAAGAUUGGGCAGAGUGGAUGAGGCAUUUGAGCAUCGAACUUCUGAAGGAGUCUCCUUCUCCAGCGUUACGAACCUGUGCAAGGCUUGCGCAGUUACAGCCUUUCAUUGGCCGGGAAUUAUUUGCUGCUGGUUUUGUUAGCUGCUGGGCACAACUGAAUGAGGCCAGUCAGAAACAUUUGGUUCGGAGUUUGGAGAUGGCAUUUUCAUCUCAAAAUAUUCCUCCAGAGAUUCUAGCAACGCUUCUUAAUUUGGCAGAGUUCAUGGAACAUGAUGAGAAACCUCUACCUAUAGACAUCCGCCUUCUUGGCGCUCUUGCAGAUAAGUGUCAUGCAUUUGCCAAGGCUUUGCAUUAUAAAGAAAUGGAAUUUGAAGGUUCACUCUCCAAGAAGAUGGAUGCUAAUCCCGUUGCUGUAGUUGAAGCUCUCAUUCAUAUAAAUAAUCAGUUACAUCAGCAUGAGGCUGCUGUUGGAAUAUUGACCUAUGCCCAGCAAAACCUGGAUGUUCAACUUAAGGAGUCAUGGUAUGAGAAGCUGCAACGGUGGGACGACGCUAUCAAAGCAUACACUGUCAAAGCCUCUCAAGUUUCAAGUCCACAUCUUGUGUUGGAAACUACAUUAGGGAGGAUGCGAUGCCUUGCUCAGUUAGCUCGGUGGGAAGAGCUUAACAACCUAUGCAAGGAAUAUUGGACACCAGCUGAGCCUUCUGCCCGAUUAGAAAUGGCUCCAAUGGCUGCUAAUGCUGCUUGGAACAUGGGUGAGUGGGAUCAGAUGGCAGAAUAUGUGUCUCGAUUAGAUGAUGGUGAUGAAACUAAACUACGGGGUUUGGGGAAUACUGCUGCCAGUGGUGAUGGAAGUAGUAAUGGCACAUUCUUCAGGGCUGUGCUUUUAGUUCGUAGAGGGAAGUAUGAUGAAGCUGGUGAGUAUGUUGAGAGAGCUAGGAAGUGUCUGGCAACUGAGCUUGCUGCAUUGGUUCUGGAGAGCUAUGAGCGUGCAUAUGUCAAUAUGAUCCGUGUUCAGCAGCUGUCAGAACUAGAGGAGGUCAUUGACUAUUAUACACUUCCUAGGGGAAAUCCUGUUGCGGAAGGACGGCGGGCCCUUAUACGCAAUAUGUGGACAGAAAGGAUACAAGGAGCAAAGCGUAAUGUUGAGGUCUGGCAAGCUCUUUUGGCUGUAAGAGCACUUGUACUGCCUCCAACUGAAGACAUUGAUAACUGGCUCAAGUUUGCUUCUCUAUGUCGAAAAAGUAAUCGGAUUAGUCAUGCUAGGUCCACUUUGGUUAAACUUUUACAGUAUGACCCUGAGACAUCUCCUGAAAACAUGCGAUACCAUGGGCCUCCUCAAGUAAUGUUGGCAUACUUGAAAUAUCAGUGGUCACUUGGGGAGGAUCACAAGCGAAAAGAAGCUUUUUCUAGGUUGCAGGAUCUGGCCAUAGAGCUUUCAGGUACCCCAAAUAUGCAAUCAGUCAUGCCAACAGGUUUAAUGGUUAGCAUGGGUCAAAAUGUCCAUCUCCUGGCACGUGUAUAUCGUAUACUUGGAAUCUGGCAGUGGGCUCUUUCUCCUGGUUUGGAUGAUGAUUCCAUACAAGAGAUUCUUUCAUCAUUCAGCAAUGCCACUCAGUAUGAAACAAAAUGGGGAAAAGCAUGGCACUCAUGGGCUUUGUUCAAUACAGCAGUGAUGUCACACUAUACUUUAAGAGGGUUUCCAAAUGUUGCCUCACAGUUUGUUGUUGCAGCGGUCACUGGUUAUUUUCAUUCAAUUGCCUAUGCAGCAAAUGCUAAAGGUGUUGAUGGUAGUUUACAGGAUAUACUCCGCCUUCUUACCUUGUGGUUCAACCAUGGAGAUACUGCAGAAGUUCAAAUGGCACUGCAGAAAGGAUUUGCUCAUGUUAAUAUCAACACAUGGCUUGCUGUUUUACCUCAAAUAAUUGCCAGGAUACAUUUGAAUAACCAUGCUCUGAGAGAACUAAUUCAAUCACUUUUGGUGCGAAUUGGACAGAAUCAUCCACAGGCUCUUAUGUAUCCUCUUCUCGUGGCUUGUAAAUCUAUAAGCAAUUUACGUAAAGCAGCUGCUGAGGAAGUGGUAAACAAAGUUCGGCAGCAUAGUGGUGUGCUUGUGGACCAGGCACAACUUGUAUCAUCAGAACUAGUUAGAGUCGCGAUACUUUGGCAUGAAAAGUGGCACGAGGGACUAGAAGAAGCAAGUCGUUUGUAUUUUGGUGAACAUAACAUUGAGGGAAUGCUAAAGGCAUUGGAGCCUCUGCAUGAAAUGCUGGAGGAGGGUGCUAUGAAGGAGAAUAUUACUAUAAAGGAGAGAGCAUUCAUUGAGGCAUACCGGCAUGAAUUGUUGGAGGCAUGGGAGUGUUGUAUGAAGUACAAGAGAACUCUAAAAGAGGCUGAGCUUACUCAGGCUUGGGAUCUAUAUUAUCAUGUUUUCAGACGAAUAGACAAGCAGCUUCAAGUCAUGACGACUCUUGACCUGCAGUCUGUUUCUCCUGAGCUGGUAGAAUGCCGUGAUUUGGAGCUUGCUGUUCCUGGGACAUAUCGUGCUGAUUUUCCAGUGGUAACAAUAGCGUCAUUUGCACCUGAGCUUGUUGUCAUAACAUCGAAACAGCGACCCCGGAAAUUGACUAUUCAUGGAAGUGACGGGGAAGAUCAUGCCUUCUUGCUGAAGGGACAUGAAGAUUUGCGCCAAGACGAACGUGUCAUGCAGCUAUUUGGAUUGGUGAAUACUCUGCUGGAGAAUUCAAGAAAAACUGAAGAGAAGGAUCUGUCUAUUCACCGAUAUGCUGUAAUUCCGUUAUCUUCAAACAGUGGGUUAAUUGAAUGGGUUCCUAAUUGUGACACACUAAACCAACUCAUUCGAGAAUACAGGGAUGCUAGAAAGAUCACCCUAAAUCAAGAGCACAAAUACAUGCUCAGUUUUGCCCCGGAUUAUGACAAUUUACCCCUCAUUGCUAAAGUUGAAGUCUUUGAUUAUGCUCUUCAAAAUACUGACGGAAAUGACCUGGCCAGGGUUCUGUGGUUAAAAAGUCGCACUUCUGAGAUAUGGCUGGAGAGGAGAACAAAUUACACAAGGAGUUUAGCAGUCAUGAGCAUGGUUGGUUAUCUUCUUGGCUUAGGUGAUCGACACCCUAGCAACCUUAUGCUGCAUCGCUACAGUGGGAAGAUCUUGCAUAUUGACUUUGGAGAUUGCUUUGAAGCUUCAAUGAACAGGGAAAAGUUUCCUGAAAAGGUUCCCUUCCGUUUGACAAGAAUGCUUGUGAAAGCUAUGGAGGUUAGCGGUAUAGAGGGCAAUUUCCGCUCUACUUGUGAAAAUGUGAUGCAAGUUCUCCGUACACACAAGGAUAGUGUUAUGGCCAUGAUGGAGGCUUUUGUUCAUGAUCCUCUCAUCAAUUGGCGCCUUUUCAACUUUAAUGAGGUCCCACAAAUGUCAAUGUUUGCCAAUAGUCAUGUCCCUGCUGUUGUGAAUACCGAGGAAUCUGCUCCUAGCAGAGAGCUCCCUCAACCGCAACGCGGUGCUCGUGAGAGAGAACUUCUUCAGGCUGUUAAUCAGCUUGGUGAUGCUAAUGAGGUCUUGAAUGUACGAGCUGUGGUUGUCAUGGCCCGGAUGAGUAAUAAACUGACUGGACGUGAUUUUUCCACACCCUCAUUAUCUGCAAGCUCUAUCCAACAUGCAGUAGAUCACAGCUCUUUAAUUUCUGGAGAUAUUCGUGAAGUAGAUCAUGGCUUAUCUGUUAAAUUGCAAGUUCAGAAGUUAAUUAUUCAAGCCAUGUCGCUUGAAAAUCUGUGCCAAAAUUAUGUUGGGUGGUGUCCCUUUUGGUGAGGUGAAGCAACCCUGUUGUAUAAACUGUGCAUAGCUCAAGCCCGGUAGACCUCAAGAGAAGUAGUCUCCCGUUGGAACGUCUGUAUAUAGAUACAGCUUGAAGAAACGAAUGCUGGAAAUAAUAUUGUAUAUAGUGGAAUUGGAUUUCAGAUGCAGCUUGCAUGGGAAUGAUCUUCGUCGUCCCCACAGUAUAGGCGCUGCUAUUUAUUCUCCCAUGUAAUCAGUUUACAGUCGAACCUGAACCAAUGCAGGCGCAGUAGCUCUGCAUUCCAUCCUUGUUAAUCCACAAGAAAUGGAAUUUCACGGCCAAGUUCCCUCCCAUCAGGUACUUAUGUUGUGGCUUGUUGAAUUAUAACUUGACAAAACCUAUUAGCAAAUUGCUUCAAAUGAUUUACGUGACAACCAUUUCCAUU